AUGGGUAUUUUAAUUUUAAGGAACGGGAUUAUAUUGGAGGGGUUUGGGUAUAGGGGUAUUGGGAGCAAGAUUUCCCAAGAAACCUGGGAGACCACUCUUGUCCCUCAAAACACGUCACUCGGUCGACUCACCGUCGACGUCAAUGCCCACGAGUCCAGUAUCACCCGUCAUGGCUCACCGCCGGACCAAACCACCAAAGGAAUCCACCGUCCAGUAUCCCUCACCAGAAACUGGCCAAAGCUGCACAUGCCCACAACACACGUGACAAAAGAGAAGUGCCUUCUUGGCUCAGAUCAUAUAGCCUCCAAAGUACAAAAAGAAGAUAUAAAAAAGUCCUAA